AUGACCACGCAGGUAGCAGAGGUAACGCUCCUGGCUCAAGCCGGUCAAGUGGGAUUUCGGAUAAACGAACAGAAUUCCGUCAACGGAGACCUAGCGGUAAAGACGCAGACGUGGAUCAACAACUUCUGCUAUCAAAUUAAGCAGAGACUCAAUCUGAAAUGGAAGAAUGCUGACAAUGUAUCGAAUCCCGAAGGCGACCUACCCGACCAAUUCCUCUUCCGAAACCGUCUCGAGAAAGCAUACAGGGAUCAAACCCGUUUCUAUUACAUCGCCAUGUGCGUUUCGCACGGCAUGCUCUGGCUUCAAAUCGGUAUUGGCGCCACCGUCACCGCCCUUGGGACGACAAAUUCAAACGCGGCAAGAAUCGCUAUAACCGUCCUGGGAGCCAUCAACACCGUCAUUGCAGGCUUCCUGACAUUUCUCAAGAGCAGAAACCAACCGAACAGGGCAUUACAGUUUAGGAAUGGCCUGCGCGGAGUAUACGAGGAUCUGUGGCAGGUUGACGCGGAGAUGUUGAGUGGUAAGGGAGACAUCGACGUGGAUCAAAAGGUGGACGACUUGUGGAAAAAGUACAAGGAGGUCACGGCCGAGGCGGAGGCAAACUACCCGGAUCUAUGGGUCAGUCUCGGCAAAUUGAUCAAGCCCACAGACGCGGACAAGCAUCCGAGCACGCAGUUGAAAGACGUCUCGCCGGCAGAGACUAGUGAGCAGAAGCCUUCGAGCGAAGGAUCGUUGCUCAAGACAAGGCCAUGA